AUGGGGUUUCAGAUUCCAACCUCUUCGAUGGAACAAACCAACAAAUUUUUGAGCUUUGAGCCUCAAAUUGUUGCUGCUGGUGGACUUUCUUUGAGUUUAAAUGUUGAAAACGGAAGUAAUAAUAAAAACUCCGGCGGCGGCGGUACCAAAAAGGGGCACACCAAGCUUUGUUGUAGGGGUCAUUGGAGGCUGGCUGAAGAUGCUAAGCUAAAAAAUCUUGUGGCUCAAUAUGGUCCUCAAAACUGGAACUUGAUAGCUGAACAUCUUGAAGGGAGAUCAGGAAAAAGUUGUAGAUUGAGAUGGUUUAACCAGCUGGAUCCAAGGAUCAAUAGGAGAGCAUUCAGUGAGGAAGAAGAAGAGAGGCUGUUAACUGCACAUAAAGUGUUUGGCAACAGAUGGGCAAUGAUUGCUAGGCUGUUCCCUGGUAGAACUGAUAAUGCAGUGAAGAACCAUUGGCAUGUGAUCAUGGCUAGGAAACAUAGGGAGCAAUCAAGCAUUUAUAGGAGGAGGAAGCCUUCUUCUUUAGCCACAAGUAACCAAUCUACCAUUUCAUCAGCCUCUACUUGCACUCCAAUUCACCAUAUUGGUAUAUUUGCAGGUUCGAAAGUGAACCAACAUGCUAACUCGUCAGAUUCUAACUCAGUAGUUUCAGUAACUGAGUCAGUGGGCACAAAUAGGACCAACCACUCCCAAACUGCAGAUGGAGAUUUGAAGAUCAACAUGUGCUUCAUUGACUUCCUUGGAGUAGGAGCUUCUUAA